AUGACAUCGACGUCAUCACCCAUCGCCGAGAAAUCCGUCGCGAGCGAACCGCGAUGGGACCUGGAGAAGCACUUCGGAUACGCGAGCGCGUCGGACACAAAGAUUGAUGACGAGAUGACGUCGAUCGAAAGAGCGUGCGAGGAUUUCAAGAAGACGUUUGAAGGGAAAUUGGACGCGGAGCUGCUGGAGGCGAUCGAGGCGUACGAGGGCAUCGAAUUGACGCUGACGCGGGCGCUGUCGUAUGUGUCGCUGAGCGCGGACACGAGACUGAGCGAUGAUAACAUGCAGAAGCGAAAGGCGUCGUUGAUGCAGCGAUACGGACAGGCGAGUGGCAAUUUCUUGACGUGGUUUAACCUGGAGUUGGCGGCGCUGGACGAAGCAGUCGUGGCGGCGCAGUACGAAAAGAGCGACAAGCUUCGGACGUACAAGCCGUUCGUGGACGAAGUUCGACGAUCGGCGCCAUACAACUUGUCCAAGGAAGUCGAGCGGGCGCUAAGCGUUCGUUCGUCCUUCGCAGGGAAGGGUAAGGUUGUCGAAUUUUACGGCAACGAGCUGUCUCGCCUCAAGUUUGACAUGGACGGUAAGCAGGUGAACAUGGAGGUUCUGCUGGCCAAGAUGACGAGCUCUCGGGACGCCGCCGAGCGGGCAAAGUGUAUGAAGACAUUAAACGACGGCUUGAAGGAUUUCGAGCGCACCGCCGCGCUCUCGCUCAACAUGGUUGCCGGAUCCUGGCACAUCGAGAUGAAGGAACGCGGCUUCAAGACUUUGCGCUCCCAGCGCAACUUGUCCAACAACUUGCCCGACGACGUCGUCGACUCCCUGCUACAAGCCGUGGGUACCACGGGUGUGGACUACUGCAAGAAGUACUAUGCGCUCAAGAAGCAAAUCCUCAAGCAUACACAAGGCUUGGACAAGUUUACGUGGUCCGAUAGAAACGCUUCUAUCGACAUCGGCAAGGGCGAGGAUAAGUACACGUGGGAGCAAGCCGUCGAUCUCGUCCGCGAUGGCUACAACAAGUUCUCUCCGACCAUGGCCAAGCUUUUUAUGGACAUGGUCGAGGAAAAGCGAAUCGACGUUCCCGCGCAAGACGGCAAGCGCGGUGGCGCGUACUGCUCCUCGUCCUUCGGUUCGGGGCCGUUCCAGCUCCUCAACUUUACCGGAACUCAACGUGACGUCGCAACGCUCGCGCACGAAUCCGGCCACGGUGCGCACUUCAUCUUGUGCUACGAGCAAGGCAUUCUCCAGUUCCACCCACCGCUCACACUCGCGGAAACGGCGAGUAUCUUCGGCGAAAUGAUUGUGUUCCGAGACUUGCUGGAGAAGACGCCGAGCGACGAGGACCGCCUCGCCAUGAUCAUGUCCAAGGUCGAUGACAUCAUCAACUCCGUAGUUCGCCAGUGCUCUUUCGAUCAGUUCGAAGAGAAGGUUCACAAUGCGCGCGCGAAUGGCACGCUCACGCCUGAGGAGCUCGCGACGGCGUGGCGCGAAGUUAUGGUGAACUACUACGGCGAGGAAGGCGAGGUGUUCGACUCGUAUGAAAACACGAGCCAACUCUAUGCCUACGUCUCGCACUUCCAUAACGUUCCGUUCUACGUCUACGCGUACGCGUUCGGCGAUCUUCUCGUCGGAUCCCUGUACGGUGCGUACAUGAAGCAACCGGAAGGCUUCGAAGAAAAGCUUCUUGAUCUUCUUCGCGCCGGCGGCACCAAGGAUUUCGUCGACGCCGUCUCGCCAUUUGGCUUGGACCCAGCGUCACCGACGUUCUGGUCCGACGCUCUCCACGCCCAUCUCGGUGGACUGAUGGAAGAAGCAGAAGAGCUCAGCAAGAAGCUCGGGUACUCCUCGUAA